AUGGCGGACCUGGCAGUGAGCUUGGCCAAGUCGGUGGUGGAGGGAGCUGUGACCAAAGCCCUGGCGGCGAUUGAGGAGGAGGCAACACUGCGGCAGAGCACGCAGAACGACCUGGCGUUCAUCACCGAUGAGGAACACGCCAGGAACAACGUGGUGAGGACCUGGGUGAGACAGGUCCGUGAUCUCGCCAACAAUGUGGAGGACUGCAUCGAGUCGGAGCUGCCACUGGACAAGGCGGUCGCCAAGAUAAAGCUGCUCAAGGGCAGGGUUGAGGAGGUGAGCCUUAGGAACAUGAGCUACAACCUCAUCAGUGAUUCAGGUUCCAAGCCUGUCACGCAGCAACAAUUGGUGCCUGGUGCUUCUGUCGGUGCCACGACAUUUGACAUGCUCGUCAAAGCAAGAGAUACCACUAAGAUGCAACGAGGAUUAGGAGAUCUGACCAAGUUGUUGAUCACCAAGAAGAAACCUGGUGGAGACCUUGGAGUGAUCUCAGUGUGGGCAGCAGGUGGCAAUGCUGAUACCAUACCCAUCAUCAGGGAGGCCUAUGGCAAACCAGAAAUGUGUGAAAGCUUCGGAUGCCAUGGCUGGGCAAAGCUGACGCACCCUUUCAAUCCCCAUGACUUCCAGCGGAGCUUGCUGAUUCAGUUCCACACAAACUCUUGCCUACAAAAGAAACUGGGUGUAGACAUAGGUAUCGUCAAGAGAUUGGAAAUGGCUGCAGAAGGUGAACUUAUUGAAGAGUUCAUGGAGCAAAUGAAGGAGAGAUACCUGGUUAUCCUGGAAAACGUUUCCAGUAUGGUAGAGUGGGACACCGUCAGAGCUUACCUGCCUGAAGAGAAAAAUCACAGUUGGGUCAUCAUCUCUACACAGCAUUCUGAAGUCGCCAGGCUGUGUGUUGGAGAUCCAUGGCAAGUGUUUGAGCUCAAGCAGUCCUCAGCUGAACAAUCUGUAUGUGUCUUCUUCAGGGAGAGUUCUCAAGGCGACGGAGAUAAAAGCAAGCAAACCACUAUGGUGAUGGCUAACAAUAAUGAGGCAUCAUCAUCAAUGGGUGUCCAAAAUAACACUGAUAUGUGGAUUGGUCGAUUCCCCCAAGUUAAAGUACGCAAUUCACAGAUGAAAGAUCUUCGUGGCUAUUUAGCCAAGGCGUGUGUUAAUGGCUUUCCUGUGAUAUCCGUGUGGGGGAUAGCUGGUGUUGGGAAAUCAGCUCUAGUCAGGAACUUACACUACAACAUAAUGUCUGACAGCAGCAACAGAAUAUUUACCAUGUACAGUUGGGUGGAUGUAUCACAUCCGUUCAAUUUAAGGAACUUGGCUUGGAGCUUACUUUCAGAACUUCGGUCAGAUUCUCCUCAGCAAAAUGGAAUCAGCAAUCCCAUUCAAGAGUUUCAUGAGCUUCUGGUAGGCACAUUUCCAAAUUCGUCUGCUUUAAGGGAUUCUGAAGAUCCGGAGCUUCGAAAACUUAUUUCCAUGUGUGGCGGACUUCCCAAAGUAAUAGUUGCUGUAGCCAACUUUUUGGCACCCAUGACAGUCAGCUGGAUGAAAACCGCAAUGAAACUUAGUGACAGAUUUAUGCAUGAUCUGGAGACUAAACCGGAAUUUGAAAACCUGCGUGGACUAUUUGGUUGGAUGCAUUCCUACUUCCGUACUUGCCCAGAUUACCUCAAGCCAUGUAUCCUCUACCUGUCCGUUUUCCCACAAGGCCAAUGCAUUCGACGGAGGCGUCUAGUGAGGUGGUGGAUUGCAGAGGGUUACUUGAGGGACACGUCCAACCGGUCAGCUGAGGAUAAUGGGGAGAAAUUCUUCUCGAUGCUCCUUGAUCUGAGUAUCAUCCAGCAGACUCCACAUUCAGUCACCACUGCAGAUACAAGAAUGGUCUUGUGCCAAGUCAAUGGCUUCUUCCGUGAGUACAUCAUAUCAAGACAAAAGAAUGAGGAUCUUGUCUUCGAACUGGAGGGCAGGUGCACAUUGACCAGUCAACGCACAGGACGGCACCUUGUCAUAAAGGAAAGCUGGGACAGAGACAAGAUCGUGUUCAGUAGUAUUGACUUCUCAAGGCUGCGCUCCCUCACUGUGUUUGGAGAGUGGAAGCCCUUCUUCAUCAGUGAAACUAUGAGGGUGCUCCGGGUGCUUGAUCUCGAGAAUGCAACAGGUGUGACAUAUGAAUACCUGGAGCAGAUGCUGAAGCUGAUUCCUCGCCUCAAGUUACUCUCUCUGAGAGGAAUAAGAGAGAUCUGCCAUCUGCCAAGUUUAUUUGCUGCUCUGAGGCAGCUUGAAACUCUGGAUGUCAGGGGCACCUCCAUAUUCACUUUACCUCCAUCCAUCACCAAGCUUACCAAGCUGCAGUACAUUCGUGCUGGCACAGCUAAGAAACCAUCAGUGCCAUGUGCUCAUUUGUCUUGGUUGCCUAGCUGCCACAGAGCUUGUCCUGUAGGUGGUGUUCAGGUGCCUGCAGGGAUUGAGGAACUUACAGCCUUGCACACUCUUGGUGCUGUCAAUGUUGGUUUUUCAGGGGGCAAGGCCAUCCUGAAAGAGCUCAAGAAGCUCACCCAAUUGCACAAGCUCGAAGUGACAGGCGUCAACAAGAAAAACAGCAACUUCUGUUCUGCCAUCUCAGACCACGUUCAUUUGGAAUCCUUGUCAGUGUGGCUCAUCACAUGCGAUAACAAACCUUGUUUGAAUGACAUGUUCUCGCCUCAGAAGAAGGCUCCGGAGAAUCUUCAGAGCCUUAAGCUAUAUGGUCUUGUAAAAGAAGUGCCAGCAUGGAUCAGAGAUCUUCCCAAACUAACAAAGUUGGAACUGGAGAUAACUAUGUCAGAAGAAGUUGAAGUAAUCAAAGUUCUUGGGGAAAUAAAAGAACUAUGUAUUCUACAUUUUUAUGUCAAGCCGCUUAAAGAUGGAGAUGACAAUAAGCUUAACUUUUUUGUCGAGGUGAAUGUAGUAGAGCAGAGCAGUUAUUGGAACCUCAAGAUACUUGAGAUUGCUUGCAACUCAGAGUUAAAUGUAUCCUUUGGAUCAUUAGCAAUGCAAAAUCUUGAGCUGCUGACAGCUAAAUGCUGUACUGGGUCGGCAGUGAAGUUUGCUGAGCUGAAGAGACUCUCUAAAGGAAAACUCAAGGAGGUGCGGUAUUUGGGUUCCCUUGACAACACAGUUAAGGUGGACAUGGAGAAUCAACUUAACCAGCAUCCUAAGAGACCUGCUUUGAAACUGGAGGAACCAUGUUCGUCUUCGUCCUGA